GCCCUGCCCGCGCUGGCCUCGGUGCUCCGGAUAAAGCCCUCCGGGCCAGCCGCUGCGGUCGGGCCAAGGUUCCGCGCCGGGCGUGGACGGUGUGGGGUGGCCCCGGCCCCGCAGGUGAGCGACCCCGGGCCGCGCGGGCCAGAUCCUCGUUCCUAGCCGCCUGCCAGCGUCCUCGGCCCGGCCCUGACGAUGGACCUAGGAGACCCCACUGGUGACCCUGCCGCUGGCGAGCGCCGCCGCACGGGCCAGGACCCCCUCCUGCUCCUGCAGGCCCUGCAAACCCUGUGGUCCACGCGGGAGCGGCAGCAGCUCCGGGAGGAAGCCUGGCGGGGGUUUGCUGCCCUGGACGACCCUCUGGCCGGGCUUCUGGACAUGCUGGAGAGCUGCCGGGGCCGGCGGGGAGAGGGCCCCUCCCUGGAGGCCUGGAUCUCGCACCAGCUGCAGUGCUGGCUACAGGCACAGCCACGCCCGAGCCCGGCCCAGCACAGCCUGAGGCUGAAGCAGCUGCAGGCCCGAGCGGUCAGAGUCCUCACUGAGAGCUCCCCCAGCCUUGUGGCACCACUGGCCAGCAUCUUCCAGCUGCAGGAUGCAGACAGGAGCUGCCUGCUGGUGCACGUCCACCGCCUCCACCACGAGGGCAGGUUCAGAGAAGCAGUCAUGCUGGGCACGACGUUGAAGCUGCAGCCAGAACUUGAUGUUGAAAAGAUGAGCAUCCCACUGCUCCUCCAGGACAAGGUGGGCCUCGUGGAGCGCUACGUGGCCGGCUUCCCGGACCUCCAGAGGAGGCUGCUGGCCCUCAUGGAUUCCUGGUGCCAGCCCGGCUUUGACAUCAGGGACGUUGCCAGACAGUACCCUGAGGUGACCUCCUUGAGGCUGGAGAAGCUGAGUCCGAAGGUGCUGAGCAGGCAGGUCUUGCGUCUGCAGGAGCGGUACAGCGUAGCCCCAGCGGUGUGUCCCAAUGCGGCCAUUCAGCAGCGCCUGGCGGCCCUGCAGCACCUGUGCCACAAGCGGUUUGUGGAGAAGAGCCUGUCUCAGGAGAACUGGACCGACCACGUGCAGGGCCUGGUGGGGCAGAGCCCGUGCCUUCAGGAGCAGCUGUCUCAGCUGCUGGUCUCCCACGGUGACCCAGUCACGGCCGCGCAGUGUGCCAUGGACCUCUCGCUGCCCGAGGAGCGGCUGCCUGCUGCGGUGGCUGUGGAACUCCACCGGCUCAGACUCCAGGGGAGGGCGACUGAGGCUGACUCGAGGCUGGAGGUGAAGGACAUGAAGGACCAGUACUACCAGCUGCCCAUCCCCAGGGAGAACGUCCAUCUCCUGGCCUCGUGGGAAGACCUGACCAGACACGAGGGUGCACUCCUGCAGCGCCACCAAGUGGUUGGUGUGGACCUGGAGUGGACACCGGUGUUUGUUGCUGGGGGCCGGCCUCGGCCGUCACUCCUGCAGGUGGCUGUGGAGGGCCACGUGUUCCUUCUGGACAUCCUGGCACUCUCGCAGCCACCAACAGGGCAGGGAGCCCAGGCCUUUUCCCGGCUGGUGGCCCAGCUCCUCUCGGACCCCUCUAUCACCAAGCUGGGCUACGGGAUGGUGGGAGACCUGCAGAAACUGGGCACAUCCUGCCCCACUCUGGCCCAUGUGGAGAAGCAGAUUCUGGGCAGCAUAGACCUGCUGCUGGUGCACAGACAGAUGCGGGUGGCGAACAUGCUAGCCCCAGGCGUGGACAGGGCCAGGGGGCUGAGGGGCCUGAGCCUCCUGGUGCAACAGGUGCUGGGCACAGCCCUGGACAAGACGCAGCAGCUGUCCAACUGGGACCGGAGGCCGCUCUGCGAGGAGCAGCUCAUCUACGCAGCUGCUGACGCCUACUGCCUGCUGGAGGUGCACCAAGCCCUGUGCAGAGAGCCCGCCCGCUUCCACCUGUCGGAGGACCUGGCUGGAAGCCGGAGGCCCAGGCACAGAGAGAGACCAGAGGCACGGAAGCCACCUGGCCUGCCGAAAGCGUCAGCAUCGGCCGCACCCAGGCAGGUCCCUGUGGCUGAGGGCACCGCCCCUCAGGUCCCGGCCAGGGCCUUCCGCGUGGUGUGUGACAACAUGCUGCAGGGGCUGGCACGGAGCCUCCGCUGUCUGGGUGUGGAUGCACGCAUGCUGGGCGACAGUGAAGACCACCGCAGGGCGGCCGAGGUUGCCAGGCAGGAGGGGAGGGUCAUCCUGACGUCGGGGCAGCCAUUCCACAAGCUCCGGGCCCAGGUUGGUGCUGGGCGCUGCCUCUCGGUCGACUGCUCCCUGAAGGCCCAGCAGCAGGCCAAGGCUGUGCUCAAGCAUUUCAACGUGCGCGUCACCCACGCAGACAUCUUCAGCCGCUGCCAGAUGGCCUGGGAGCCCCACCUCCUCCCCAGGGUGCUCUGACAUCAGAAGGGCUGUGAUGGGAAGGCCACACCUCCACAGGACCUGCAGGUGCCUGCCUGGGACCUGGCUCUCAGUGGGCACCCAGCCCCCUCCUGGCGUUGCCCAGGGAGUCCUGGGUAUCUGACUCAUCUCUUUGUCCAGGAAGUGACCACUGGGAAGGCCGUGCACCCCGCUCGAAGUCAGGACUCGGGGUGUAAGCUGGUCCCAGCCUCCCGGCCUCCCUGCCCCCACCCCCAGCAUCACCGUAAGCCUGGCGGGUUGAUCAUACUCAGAAACCACCCAGAGGGGCUGGGCGUGGCACACACCUGGAGUCCCAGCACUUUGGGAAACCCGGACGAAAGAUCACUCGAGCCCAGGAGUUCAAGACCAGCCUGGGCAAUAUCGUGAGACCUCAUCUCUAUGAACAAUACAAAAAUCAGCUGAGUGUGAUGGUGUGCUACUCAGGAGGCUGAUGUGGGAGGCUCAUUUGAGCCCCGGGGCUUCAGGCUGUAGUGAGCUGUGAUUGCGCCACUACAUUCCAGCCUGGGUGACAGUGAGACCGCAUCUCAAAAAAAAAAAAAAUAAUAAUAAUAAUGCAGCCACGGGGACCCGUUGUGUGCCCUGGACAAGGCACACAGUGGUGUUGCUCCAGCCCCCUCGCCACUUUCAGGACCACACCCGCCCCAGGGCAGUGGGAGGCACAGGUAUCAGGGAAAUGUGGAUGCGGAAAUGGACAGGUCAGGGGUUGGGGCAACUAUGGGGCUGCCCACGCUGACCCUUUAAGGCUGGGCCCUGUGUCCAGCACCCCAGCCGAGGUGGCCCAGGGGGGACCCAGACCUGGUUCUGCCUUCGAGGGCUCUGGAAUUGGAGAGGGCAGCUGGGCAGAGAGUCCCACAAGUUCUCAAAAAACAGAAGAGGCUUCCCAGGGCCCAUGAGAAGCCAGCACAGUCAGGGAGGGCUUCCAGGAGGCGGUGUGGCCUGAACCCCACAGGACUAUGCGUGGGGACAGGAGGGGACCCAUUAUCUGUCUCUGUGAAACCCCACGGCCAGACCCAGAGCUUCGAGGAGCGAGCACAGGGCUGGGGUAGGGGCACCCGGAGAAGCCCCGCCUGGGCCUCAGCACCCCCUCUGACCCCCCAGGCCUGUAACUGUGACCAGUACCUAAAGGUCUCGAGGG